GUGCCCCUGUCCUCUGCCCUGCUAGCAGUAGCCCCUGACCUCUGCUCCACCAGCAGUGACCCCUAUCUUCUGCCCUGCUACCAGUGACCCCUAUCCUCUGCCCUGCCAGCAGUGACCCCUGUCCUCUGCCCUGUUGGCAAUGACCCCUGUCCUGUGCCCUGCCAACAUGACCCCUGUCCUGUGCCCUGCCAACAGUGACCCCUGUCCUCUGCCCUGCCAGCAGUUACCCCUGUCCUCUGCCCUGCCAGCUGUGACCCCUGUCCUCUGCCCUGCCAGCUGUGACCCCUGUCCUCUGCCCUGCCAGCUGUGACCCCUGUCCUCUGCCCUGCCAACAGUGACCCCUGUCCUCUGCC